AAUUGUCCAUGGAUAGACAGAAUUAAAAUUCAGAAAGAGGCGGAUAGACAUCACAGGUUGCAGACAGUGGUGACGUCAAACACCACUCAUUCACGGCUUGACGUCAUCGCUGACUGCGCUAAUGAUUGGAGGAUUCUAGAGCGCGUCUUUGUGUAGAAGGACCCCAUUUCCGCAACACUACAGACUUCGGUUUAUUGCGCUAAUGCAUCGCUGUAUAACAGGUCAUUUCUUAAGGUGUGCACAAACUGCAAAAAUAAGUGAAAGGCAACAAAUACAUAUAUUUAUCUUUAAUAUAAUUUCAACAUCUGCUAAUACUCAUAAUUCCCCAUGCAAACUGGAUUUAUUGAGGCUUCUCGGCUUCUCCUUGGUUUACAUGACAGAUUCAUGAUGAUUUCAUCAGCCCAUUCUUCUCUACCUGAAUGCAUGAUAAAUAUAGCCCACGGUUCUAUUAACAGCGGACUCGAGCGCUGCUCUACGAGCGUCGUCGUGAUGUCAGUGGAUUUUAGGUGCCCCCUCAGGAUGCCCGAGUAGAUGCGCUCGCCGCCAAUGAGCGUCUCCAGUGUGAAUGUCCUUCAUUUCUCUGACUGCCUAGAGAACUUGCCACCACGGAUCCUAAUUUGGAUGUAAAAAAGGGAAGAGAAGCACCUCUCCGGUUCGCCGCUGCCCCUCGAUCGCGUGACAUUCUGGAGCGUCUAAAACAGCUUUAACUGCGCGCGACUAUGGAGUGCCGAGUGCUGUCGAUUCAGAGUCACGUCGUGAGAGGAUACGUGGGCAAUAAAUCUGCAUCCUUUCCGUUACAGGUGAGCAUCGUUCCUCGGAGGCUCGCGGCACAAUACACUCGUGAUUAUUAUGUUAUAGUGCUUGACAGGCUUGCUGGUGGAGAAAGGAAAGGUCACAUGGUCUUGGGGUUUGAGGUAGACUCGAUCAACUCUGUUCAGUUCUCCAACCACACAGGGUACUCUCACUGGAAGGGACAGGUCUUGACUGCAGAUGAGCUUCAUGUCCUGUAUGAAGGGAUCAAGCUCAACAACGUCAACCACUACGACUAUGUACUUACAGGUUACACUAGAGAUACAUCGUUUCUGGAGAUGGUGGUUGACAUUGUUCAAGAGCUGAAGAGGGCCAAUCCUAACCUUGUAUAUGUUUGUGACCCUGUCUUAGGUGACCAUGGUUCAAUGUAUGUUCCUCAGAAUCUCCAUCCUGUGUACAAGAAUAAAGUGGUGCCUGUGGCCGAUAUCAUCACACCCAACCAGUUUGAGGCUGAGUUGUUGACAGGGAAGAAUAUCAGCACAGAGAAAGAUGCUGUUGAGGUGAUGGACCUGCUGCAUAAGAUGGGUCCAGACACCGUGGUCAUCACCAGCUCUGAUCUACCCCCUCGUCUCGGAGACAGAUUCCUGGUGUCUUUUGGCAGUCAGCGCAUUUUGAUGCCGGACGGUACAAGGACGACCCAGCGGAUCCGAAUAGAGGUGCCGAAGGUGGACGCGGUGUUUGUGGGGACCGGUGAUCUAUUUGCUGCUAUGCUGUUGGCCUGGACUCACCAUUACCCAACAGACCUCAAAACGGCAUGUGAGAAGACUUUCUCCGUCAUGCACCAUGUCAUUCAGAGGACUAUAUCUUAUGCCCAUGAGAUGGCAGGUCCUGGUAGAAGACCAAGCCCGGCCCAGCUGGAGUUACGGAUGGUCCAGAGUAAAGCUGACAUAGAGGAUCCAGCCAUAGUGAUGGAGGCCACUGUUCUAUAGAGCCGCCACACGCCACAUCUCAUCCACACAUCUCACCCUCCGCUCACAACUGCA